AUGGCCCUCUUUGUCUCAUUUGUCGACAUCGAGAAACUUGUCGGGCGGUUUGGCUCCAAAGAGUCUCAGUCGACGAUACUGCAUUUGCAGACUUGGUCUGAGAACGACGAAUCACGCUAUGCAAUGUGGCAUGCAGGUCAGAUUUUGAAAGUGGCGCAUGCUGCGAAGCCUACCCGUCUUUGCGGCUUCUACGCCAGUGCUGUGUAUCAGGCGUGCUUAGUGUUGGCACUCCCGUUUAUGCUUGAAGCAAUAAGCAUGGCUUCUAGGGGAGAGACCCCGGGGCCUCAUACUAAUGCGCUAUCGACUUUUCAUCAGACUCGAGAGACGACAAACAUCAGCCAGCAGGUCGAUCUUAUUGUCUUGAAUGGCCCAGAAAACAUGCAAACCAAGUCGUUCCUUCUGACCGGACAAGGCAGCCCGGCCCUCCUUCUCGCGGAUGAAGUUAAGGCGCUUUCUAACAUCGAGAUGAUACCGACCGUGAUUGCGAAGAUCUUCGAAGACAACUAUACAGCUACCACUGAUCACCUGCCUCCUAUGGUGGAGAAGCUGGUGAACCUUGUGAAAGAGCUAACAAAAUUGACGGGGCGGUAA